AUGCACCAAGGCACAGACAACCAAUGGGAGGAGACCACUCGUGCUGUGUGGCAACGGCUCAACACCCAAGCCGAUGCUGUUGCCCCCCGUGGGCUUGGGAAGAAAGAACUCCAGUACAUUGUUAACUCGGUCUGGAUUCCUAGUGUCCUCUACCGCACGGCUAUCAGUGACGCCAUCAGUAUUGCCCCCGCCCUGGACACCCUGUUCCGUAAGACGGCGCGCCGCGUCCUCAAGCUACCCCACGACCACCCCACCGAAUGUCCACUGUGA